AGUUGCGCAUGCGUGGUUUUCAUUCAAUCACUAGCUGCGUUUACAUCAACUUGUUUGAAACAUUUUGGCGAAUUGCUGGGGGUGUAAGUUGGAAAUUAGUCUAAAAUGGCUGUUAGACUGAAGAACACAAAUCAAAAUAUUAGCUAUGUUGUUCUACAAAAGCCAGAAACAUCGCAACCUACACAAAAUACUAUUGUGACGCAACCUAAGCCGUGUAUGAAGGUUUUGAAAUACCCCGACGGCAGUACUACUUCGGAGUUUGUUAUCAGAGCACCUAAGUUUGUUUAUUUUAAUAAAAUAACCAUUAGAUAUUUGGGUCAUUUGAGUAAUUGGUUAACUUCAAAAGGAAAUUACUUAACCACCAUUUUUUUUUUGUCUCCAAUAUUUAGCUCAAGAUAAUUUUUGUACAUCUUUUUUUUUAUAUUUUCAGAAGCAACAAAAGAAAAUACUCGCUCAUGAAGUUUGAGUAUUCGGGUAAUUUGGACUUUAAUCGACUUGGGGAUGCCGUUAUACAACGUGAAAAUAAUUUGAAAGCCUACAAACAAGCACAUGAUAUUGACUCGGCACCAAAGUUCGGAGAAGGGAGUGAAUAUCGUAAAGAAGAGAAGGAGGAAGCAAGAAGAAAAAAAUAUGGCAUUAGAAGACAACAUUACAAUCCGGAGGAUCAACCAUGGAUUUUAAAUUUAGGCGCUAAGGAAAGACAAAAGCGUUUCAAAGGCGUUCGAGCUGGUGGAGCCUCAGACAAUGCAUCGUAUUAUAUAUUCACUCAGUGUCCUGAUGGUGCAUUUGAAGCGUUCCCUAUCAGUGAUUGGCAUAUCUUCAAGCCUUGUCCAAAAUACAAUCACUUGACUGCUGAAGAAGCUGAGGAGGAAUUUCUAAAUCGUGAUAAAAGAUUAAGUCGCUUAUCUGUCAAGGUUUUGCGUCAAAUACGGAGAAAGAAUGAUGAAGAAGAUACCGAAGAAAAAGAAAAAGAGAAGAAGGGUAAAGAUUUGAUGCUUACGGAAAUGGAUGAUUGGGGUGGAUCUGAUAGGGAAAGUGGGGAUAACGACGAUGGUGUGUCUGAUAAAAGGAAGAAAAAGAAAAAUGUCCAGAAGAAAAAAUCUCAGAGGAAGAAUUCUGACGAUGAGGCCAUGGAUGAUAGUGACGAUGGCGAUAAAGAGCAAGAAGAAUUGGACUAUAUGACUGAUACGGAUAGUGAUGAUGAGAAUAUGUAUGAUGAUAAAAGAGGAAAGGAAGACGCCAAGAAAUAUGAGGAGGACGGUGUUGCUGAUGAGGACGGACUGAAAAAAUUAUUAAACUCUGAUGACGAAGAGGAAGAAGAGAAGCCUGAAGAUGAUGAAAAUAAUGAUGAAGAAAAAGAAAAGAAAAAUAAAGCUGAAAAAAAGAAAAAAGGAAGCGAAGAAUUGAUGAGCGAUUCCAGCAGCAGUUCUGAUUCAAGUGACGACUCUGCUGAUUCUGAUCCCGAAGCUGGGGUCACUUCUCCGCUGCUUUUGCAAAAGAAAAAGAAAACUCCCCCCGAAAGCCGAUCUGCUACUCCAACAAAUAAUGAAGCAGCAACUAAUAAGAGGAAAGCGGAUAGUGAUUUACCUCCACCAAAUUCUAAAAAAGCUCGUGCAGAGAGAAUUAUCGCCCAAGUCGAGAAAGCCGGUAAUACUCCACCUGGUACUAGUGUAGCUACACCUAAUUUAGGCAAAGGAGAGAGUAGUUUAAAUGUUGAAAAUGUUAGACGAUAUCUCAUGAGAAAACCAAUGACAACAACCGAACUGAUUAAAAAGUUUAAAACAAAGAACCAAAAUCUUACAAGUAAAGAAAUUACUAUGCAUCUGACUGAUAUUCUCAAGAAAAUUAAUCCUGAUAAAAAGAAGAUUAACGAGGCUCUUUACCUGUCUGUUCCAGCUGAUAAGUCAGCAAAAACAAGUAGUAAAGAGUAAAUUAGUGUUCAUAAAUGUGGAAAGUUUUUCUAUGUAAUGUAUUCUUUGCUAAAUUCCUGAUAAUUUGAAAAAACAAAAAUUGUUGUAUGUAUUUUUUUCUCGAAUGAAGUAAAAUAAACAAUUUGUCCUU